AUGAAAGGCAAUAAUGAUAACAAUGUGUUCUAUGUUGGACACGAUCCUGUUCAUGAUGAAUACAAAGUGCUUAGCAUGGUUAGGGAGGUGAGCAAUGAAGAAGAAAGAGUAGAAAAUCUCAUGAACUACAACGGAAAUGUAUCUAUCUUUCAAUCUUUGAAUUUCUUUAGAGAUCGUAUUGUGGAUGUUUGGGUUCUUGAAGAGGGCGGCAGGAGUCAAUGGUCGGACAAAAAGGCUUUUGUCUUGCCUGAUUUUCAGAUGAACUUCCAGCAUGGAGAUCGGUUAUGGAUGGGUGGCACUAGUCGCAGUGGUGAGGUUUGGUUUUCAAAGGCAAGUCUCUUGCUGAAUCAACCUUCACGCUUUUUCAUUUAUGAUUUAGAGAGGAAUGAGAUGACUCAAAGGAUUGUUACAGGGCCAUUAGUUGAUGUCGUCUUUAAGAAAAUUUGUUGGUUGAUGUCAGUUUUCUCGGAUGAUAUUUCUCCACCUUAA